AAAUAGGGGUCUCUCUCAGUUCUUCAUUCAGUCCAUUUUCUCUCUUCAGCCAUGGCUGCUCUAAGAAGAUUAAAUUCGGUUUUUCUCUCUCUAGCCAAGCUAUAUCUCCUUGUUGCUUUCGUCUCCGCAGGAGUCAUAUUCGAGGAGCGCUUUGACGAUGGGUGGGAGAGUAGAUGGGUCAAGUCUGACUGGAAGAAGGAUGAGAAUAUGGCUGGGGAGUGGAACUACACCUCUGGUAAAUGGAAUGGAGACCCUAACGACAAAGGUAUUCAGACCAGUGAAGACUACAGGUUUUAUGCCAUCUCAGCUGAGUUCCCGGAGUUUAAUAACAAGGGCAAGACCCUAGUUUUCCAAUUCUCAGUUAAGCAUGAGCAAAAGCUUGACUGUGGUGGUGGGUACAUGAAACUGCUUAGUGGUGACAUUGAUCAAAAGAAAUUUGGCGGUGACACCCCUUACAGUAUUAUGUUUGGACCAGACAUCUGUGGCUACAGCACCAAAAAAGUCCAUGCUAUCCUUACCUAUAAUGGGACAAACCAGUUGAUCAAGAAGGAUGUUCCAUGCGAGACUGACCAGCUAACCCAUGUCUAUACCUUCAUUCUCCGCCCUGAUGCUACAUAUAGUAUUCUCAUUGACAAUGUGGAGAAGCAGUCUGGUAGCUUAUACACUGAUUGGAAUCUGCUUCCACCAAAGAAAAUUAAGGAUCCUGAAGCCAAGAAACCUGAAGAUUGGGAUGACAAGGAAUACAUUGAUGAUCCUGAAGAUAAGAAGCCAGAGGGUUAUGAUGACAUUCCCAAGGAGAUACCAGAUCUUGAUGCUAAGAAGCCUGAGGACUGGGAUGAUGAAGAGGAUGGUGAGUGGACUGCCCCAACCGUUGCCAACCCUGAGUACAAGGGUCCAUGGACGCCAAAGAAAAUUAAGAACCCCAACUACAAGGGGAAGUGGAAGGCACCUAUGAUUGAUAACCCAGACUUCAAAGAUGAUCCAGAUCUCUAUGUUUUCCCAAAUCUGAAGUAUGUUGGCAUUGAAUUGUGGCAGGUGAAAUCUGGUACCUUGUUUGACAAUGUUUUGGUAAGUGAUGAUCCUGAGUAUGCAAAGAAAUUAGCUGAGGAGACAUGGGCCAAGAACAAGGAUGGUGAGAAGGCUGCAUUUGAUGAGGCAGAAAAGAAGAAAGCGGAGGAGGAAUCCAAGGAUGAUCCAGUUGACUCUGAUGCUGAGGAUGAAGAUGAUGAUGCUGACGACACAGAUGGUGACGAUGCUGACUCAAAAUCAGAAUCAAAACAAGAUGAAAGCAAAGAGUCCAAGGAAGAUGAUGUACAUGAUGAAUUGUGAGGGACCAAAAUACUACGGAUUGCUGCUGCUAUCAAGACAGCUACUUUGGGCGUUCAUCACUGAAAACUUCUUUUUGCUAUUUUUCUCUAGAUUAUUUUAGGUUUAGUUUUUCAAUGUAAGGAAACGAGAGUUUGCUAUGUGAGUCUAGCCUAUGGCUGAUUGCUUUAAUGAUAAUGUGUCUCGGCCUCUGCAACAAACGAAACUUUUUUUUUCUUAACUAGGGUCUUAAGUAUACUCCGAAUGCUUUUGAUUGCUUAAUUCCCCAUGAAAAUGAUAUUUGGACCAUACUUCUUUUACAAA